GCUCUAGGCAGGCCCAGGUCGCACACACGGGACCAGCCGGCGGCGCAGCGAGUGAGCGGCGGCGGCGCGAGCUCUGUCUCCGGGGAGAAGCUGCAUCGGUGCCGCAGCCAGUGGGGCAGCGGCGACUCCGUGCGUAGCGGGGUGUGCCCAACUCUGCUUUCGGGGAGUGGAGCUCGUCUUCGUGCGGCCGCCGGCGACCUCCGUUUGCUCGGGGGUGACCAGGUUUGCUCCGGCGACCUCCGUUGCAAGCCUAGGUCCGCCAUGUCGGCCUUCACCGGCGUCUCUAUCGCCGACGGCAACAGGCGGUGCUUCUGCGAGACGUCGGCCGUGGACGCCCGCGGGGACAGCGGCUACCACCUGCUCAUGAUCACCGGCUACACGCGCACCAAGGAGCUGAUGUCCACGGGCGAGAGCAUCACCGCCGGUCCUUUCAAUGUAGGAGGCCACGAUUGGAUGAUUGAGUACUACCCCAAUGGCGAGAACCCGAGCUGUGCCGGCUUCAUCUCGCUCUUUCUAACCUUUCACUACGACGCCGAUAUCGAUGAGGGAGAGCCUGUGGAGGUCAGGUUCAGUUUCAGCCUUGUCGACCAGGUUGAGAAGCAGAUGCCGACGUACAUUCGUGGAACUGGUGAGACUCGCGACUUCUCCACCGCUACUUCAAUCUGGGGGAACGACAGGUUUAUGAGAAGAGACGCCCUUGAACAGUCUGCGGACCUCAAGUAUGAUUGUCUCACCAUCCGGUGCGAUGUCGUGGUCGUCAGCAACAGCAAGGUUGAUGAUGCCGGUGGCCACGGCGGCGCCGAGGCGCUCAUGCCGGACAUACACCAGCAUUUCAACAGUUUACUUCAAAACAAGGUGGGUGCCGAUGUGGCAUUCCAGGUUGGCGGCGAGACAUUCGCCGCACACCGGUGUGUGCUUGCUGCCCGAUCCACAGUGUUCAUGGCACAACUCUUUGGCCCCAUGAAGGAGGCGUCCAACAGUGUCAUACAGAUCAAACACAUGGAACCAAAGGUGUUCACGGCUUUGCUUAGCUUCAUCUACACAGACUCAUUCCCUGACAUGUACGAGGACAACAUUAAGUUGUGUGAAAUAUGCAAAGAUACGGGACAAGGACAAGAAGAUGAAAUGUCUGAAGCUGUGGACCAAGGACAAGAUGGGGAAGCGGCAGGGGAUGACAUGGGGCUGCUGCAAUGGCUGCAAGGUUUGUUUGUAGCGGCCGACCGGUACGAUCUCCAGCGGCUCAAGUUCAUCUGUGUAAAGCAGCUGUCUCAGCGCAUAGGUGUGAGCUCUGUGGCGUCCACCCUUGCUCUAGCCGAGCAGCACCACUGCCGUGGAUUGAAGGAGGCGUGCUUGAAGUUUAUCCAAGUCCAAUCUCCCCCGUGUUUGCAGACACUCAUGACGAGUAAUGGCUGGGGGCAUAUUGUCACGACCUAUCCCUCUGUUUUGAACGAGCUCAUUGCCAUGCUUGCCUCGAACCAGAGGAAAUAACACUCUGGAUACGGCGAAGCAAUGCAAUGGAGAGACUUGCACUAUGUUUGGGAUGUUGUGAUGAGGUAGGUUAGGUAUGCUCACUCCUGGACAAAAAAAAGCUGUGCAAGUGCAAGCACAAAUCACUCACUGCUGGACCGACGAUUUUGGACCUUGGAUGGAGAAGAAAAGAAAAGAGGAGAAUUGCGCCUGACGGAUUUCUUGGCCGGAUUGUUAUGCGACAGAUGCCGAGCACUCCCUGUAUGUACCUCCCUCAAGGCCAACACAUUCCCUCCCAACUGGAAAAUGUAAUAGGGACCCUGCCUGAAUCACUACUGGAGGGAGUAAUGGUCACUUUUGCUUUGAUGUUGUCUGGCUCUAGGCCUCUGAUGGUGAUGUAAAAACUUCCCACUAGAGACGACAUUAGCUAUUAGACGACUUGUUCUUUGAAGGUGUGAUUCUUGAAA